AUGUCCCGAGCAUGGACACUGCCACAGUCUCCACGGAGCCUGCCCAGUGUGAAGGCAUUAAUUACUGUUGGGUUAUUUGUAAUCAUGCUCUGGAACCUCAGGUAUGUUAUUAACUUGUCUGACAUCUUCAAUAAAGCCCCCAAGCACACUAAGCCACUGAUGAUCCUGGUCUGGGAAUGGCCCUCCAAGCAGGCUCCAAACUUCAGCACAGACAUUUGUAGAGACCUCUACAACAUCACGGGCUGUUGGCUCACCACGGAUCGUGGGCUGCUCAGUCAGGCAGAUGUGGUGGUGUUCCACCAUAACAUGCUCCAGCAGAGCAGGGACAAGCUUCCAAAGGAGAAGCCUCCUGGGCAGAACUGGCUCUGGGUCUCCUUGGAGUCCCCAACAAACACUAAAGCUUUAACAGGAUGGAACCAGACCUUCAACUGGGUCAUGACAUACAGACAAGACUCUGACAUAUUCAUCCCUUAUGGCAAGCUUGUGCCCAACCAAUCAGCCAGUGUGAACAUCCCCAGGAAGACCGGAUUGGUGUCCUGGGUUAUUAGCAAUUAUCAUAGGACUCAGAAAAGAGCAGAAGUCUACAAAAACCUCUCCAGGUACCUCCAUGUGGAUAUAUAUGGGAAGGCAAACAAAAAGCCACUUUGCAAGGACUGCCUCUUGCCAACAACGUCCAAGUCCAAGUUCUAUCUUGCCUUCGAGAACUCUAUCCACCGGGACUACAUCACUGAGAAGCUCUGGAGGAACUCACUGAUGGCUGGUACUGUGCCUGUGGUGCUGGGCCCGCCCCGGGCCAACUAUGAGCAGUUUGUUCCUGCAGACUCUUUCAUCCAUGUGAACGACUUUGAGUCUCUGGCAGAGCUGGCCAGCUUCCUAAAGACCAUGAACUCCAGCCGCUACCAGCAGUUCUUUGGAUGGCAGAAGAGGUACAGUGUGAAGGUCUACACGGAUUGGAGGGAGCGGAUGUGUAUGAUUUGUCCCAAGUAUCCCAGCCUGCCCCAGAGUCAUGUCUAUACCAACCUGGAGAGCUGGUUCAAUGCCUAG